GGGUUGGUGGCGGUAGCGGCGGCGCCGUGGGAGCCUCCUCGUCCGCUGGUGGCCGGGGGCGGCGACGCGAGGGCGACAUGGAAGUAAAGGAUGCCAAUUCUGCACUGCUUAGUAACUAUGAGGUGUUCCAGUUACUAACUGAUCUGAAAGAGCAGCGUAAAGAAAGUGGAAAGAAUAAACACAGUUCUGGGCAACAGAACUUGAAUACUAUCACCUAUGAAACAUUAAAAUACAUAUCAAAAACACCAUGCAGGUACCAGAGUCCUGAGAUUGUCAGUGAAUUCCUCACAGCAAUGAAAAGCCACAAGUUGACCAAAGCUGAAAAGCUUCAGCUGCUGAACCACAGGCCUGUGACUGCUGUGGAGAUCCAGCUGAUGGUAGAAGAGAGUGAAGAACGGCUCACAGAGGAGCAGAUUGAAGCUCUUCUCCACACCAUCACGAGCAUUCUGCCUGCGGGGCCAGAGGCUGAGCAGAAGAAAACCACCAGCAAUGCUGAGACCAUGGACAAAGAGGACCCUGCAUAGAAGAGUGCAGCUGGCCCAGCAGCUGUUUCCUGCAUGUCCCAGGAUUGUUUGUUUGAUUUUACCCUUUCCCCCAACAGGCCUCAUUUCACAGUUAGGUGGGUAAGUGACAAAAAUAGGCUGAAAAGAAGUAUUUGUGCCUUGGGGAGAAGAAGCAUGGUGAAGACAGGCUAUGCUUGUCAGGGCAGAGCGCUGAAGAGGGGAGGACAGUGACUGUGGACCCUGUGGUAGAACUGUUUCUUCUAUGGCCUUUGCCCCACUUGUGGGGAGGUCUAUGUGCACAGCUGGUAAAAUACGUGGGUUGCCUUUGAUGGGCUGAGUCCUAAUUAGUUUCAUCUGCUUCCCUAGAAAUUUCCCAAGCAGGGGCUUAGAGCACUGUUAGGAUGAGAGCUGAAUUAUGAGAAUCUGACUAGAUGGCUAAAAACUCCUAGAGCAACAAAUUGAUGCCCCAGCAGUUCACAUGAGCUGCUGAACUUGGCUCACCUUAGAGGAAUUUCCUCGAGAACAGGAGAGAUAAGAAAAGAACAGGCCUGGCUGACCCUUCAUCUGUUUUAAAGGCCCCUUUCCUCUGCUGGCAUAGGCUUUGUUUACUGGCUCACUGUUUACUGUUAAAUGUUAGAGAUCAGCCCAUUCCAUUUGGAAAGAGGCACUCUGCACUGAAUGACAGCGGCAGCAAAAGAACAGCGCUGGCUGUCUUUCUGACCACCCUUGGGUUCUUGCCCCAACACGGCAGCCCUGGGCAGGCGCUGCCUGUGGACACCAGGGGAGCUUCAUUUGCCCCGUGGGCUAAUCGUUUGCCCCUUUAAAAAGGCACAGUUAUGUAGCUCUUUUCAUGAGCAGAAUGUGUAAGACCCAGAGGUUGAUUAAUAAGAAUUUGAAUGUGCUAGCUGUUGGAAGAAUACAUCCAUUUUUGAAUUUAAAAUAUUAAGAUAAUUACCACGUGGAGACCUUUUUAAUAUUCAGACUUUGGAAAGUUUAGUAGCUGCAGGCAUGCGGUUGCCUUAAUUCCUAAGAAUAUUGCUAAAAAUCUGGUUUCCCACAUUCACUCUGUUCCCUGUUUAGGGAAGAAAAUGCCCAUAGAUAUUAAUUUUCCAAAUUGGUGCUCAUUUUGUUGUAAGAUUACAUAUUUUCAAUGCCACUGUUAAUUGGAUGACUUCUGACCCCCUU